UCGAGGUCAGAUAGACAGGCCUGUAAUUCCCCAGAUCCUAUUUCUAGCCCUUCUUGUAGAUGGGCAUCACAUUUGCCAACUUCCAGUCAACUGGGACCCCUGUGAUUAGCCAGGACUGCUGAUAAAUAAUUGAAAGUGGCUUAGUGAUCACCUUCUCCAGCUCCCUCAGAGCCCUUGGGUGGAUCCCAUCUGGUCCCAUGGAUUUGUGUGUGUCUAAGUGGUGUAGCAGGUCACCAACCAUUUCCCCCUGGAUUAUUUGGGCUUCAUUGUGCUCCCCAUCCCUGUCUCCCAGCUCCAGGGCCAGGCACCUGGAGCACAACUGGUCUGACUAUUAAAGACCAAGGCAAAGAAGGCAUUUAGUACAUCAGCCUUUCACUCAUCCUCUGUCACUAUGUCUCCUCCUGCAUUCACCAGAAGGUAGAGAUAUUCUUUUGCCCUCCUUUUGUUGUUGAUGUAUUUACUGAAGCAUUUUUUUUCUCUUUUACUGCAGUACCUAGGUUCAGUUCUGACUGGGCUAUGGCCCUUCUAAUUUUUUCCCUGAAUGACUUCACAACAUCCUUGUAGUACUCUUGAGUUGCCUUGCCCCUUCUUCCAAAGCUUCUUCUUCUUCUUUUUAUCCUGGUCAUUGGCAUUUUGUUUAUUUAAAGAGCUCAAUGGACAAUACGUCCAUGGAUGGUGCAUUGAUCUGAUCCAAUACCCAGCAUCAUGCAAUGUUCUGUGCUUGUAAAGCCCACUCCAACGAGGGCUGCAGCAUCGCAGUGCAGAGUUUUUGGUGCCGAAACCCAGAGCUCACUGCUGAGCUCCACGCUCAGGGCUUGGGGAGGCUGAUGGAAAUGCUCUGCACCCUGCUCAGGAGAGCCCAGAGCUGGUGGGAAACAGCGAGCACAGGGGGACAUCUGAAGCCCUGCCUGUCUGGGGAGCAGCACCAAGGGGUGCUGGCCAGGCCACCUCCCUCCAGUGGGACCCAAAACACAACUGUGAUCCGAGGGGCUCUUGCAGCUGAGUCCCCGGGUGCUGGGGUGACACGUGGUGUCCAGGGGCUGUCGGUCCUGGCCGAGGAGGGGACAGAGAGGUCUUGGCAGCUCAGAGCCUGGGGUUAAGAAGAUCAUGCAAGAAGAGCAAGGGAUGGCUGAGGCUUCUCCCAGGGUGUGAGAGCUGGGGGUUUUCUCCCCUCAGGUUGGGGAGAGGGGUCUGGUCUCUUGUUCGCAGGGAAGCUGUAACAUCUGCACUGUAAAGGCAGCAUCCUUUGGUAGCAGCAGAUUAAGUAUUAAACAGCUGCUGUUGCUUUUCUGUGGGGCCCUGCUCUCAGCAUUAUGUGGCAAAUGUGUCUCAUGCAGUGCUGUGAGACUGGGACAGAUGACUUCAAGGUGGACCAUGGGCUAUAUGGAAUUUCUAGCUGAGUGUGCUAGGCUAGCUCACCUGAAUUUGGGGAACAAAAAGCUUUGAAUAUGCACUGGCCAAUGACAAAGCUAGUCUUCUCAGUAAAGUUUUUCUGGGAUUUUGCUGUUGUGUUGUGCAGGAUGUGCAGUUUUGUGUUCAGUUUUGUGUUCAGUUUUGUUCUAUGUUCAAUUUUGGGCCACUCAUGACAAGAAAGACCUUCAGGUGCUGAAGCGAGUUGAGAGAAGGGAACGGAGCUGGUGAGGGGCUGGAGCACAAGUGUGAUGGGAGCGGCUGAGGGACCUGGGGGUUCAGCUGGAGAACAGGAGCUGAGGGGAGACCUUCUGAUCUCUGAACUGCCUGAAAGGAGCUUGGAGCCAGGGCGGGUCGGGCUCUGCUCCCCAGGAACAAGUGAUACGACAAGAGGAAAUGGCCUCAGGUUGUGCCAGGGACAGCUGAGAUUGGAUAUUAGAAAAUAUUUAUUCAUGGAAGGGGUUGUCAGGCAUUGUCACAGGCUGCCCAGGGCAGUGGUGGUGUCACCAUCUCUGGAGUUGUUUAGGAGACACAUAGAUGAGGUUCUUAGGGACAUGGGUUAGUGCCAGAGUUAGGUUAUGUUUGGACUUGAUGAUCUUGAGGGUCUCUUCCGAACAAAAUGAUUCUAAGAAUGUGUUUAAAUCUGACAGAAUUUAAAGCAGCUCACAAGACAGUGCCCCCUUCCUAAAACUAGAUCAAUCUCUGCCUGGAACUACCAGCAAAUCCCUAUUCCCCUCACUCUACCAGCAUUGUACAGCCAUACCUCCCACCCCCAGUGCUCUGGCAAAGGUAUCACUGUGUUUCUUCUGAACUGUGCGAAUGUGUAAGCAUGGAAGAUAUUUGUGAUGGAAUGGAAGGGCUGGACUGAGGAUGUAUGGGGUGCAGAGCAUCUGGGACUGCAUGCUGAGGUGAUGCGUUUGGGCAUAUGUCCAAUUAUUUGUAUAGCUAUGGCUGACCAGAGGAUUUUUCUAUCAGUUGAAGGGAGGAAAAACCAUUGGGGCUAGAUCAGGUUAUCUUUACUAUGGUUACAGGCACAGGAACACCUGGAUAAGCUAAAAAGUUGCCAGCAAAAUAAGGGAGCAUCUCUUGCUCGCUAGCACUGACCUGCAGAUCAGAAGUCUCAGCAGAACACAGUGGUGCACAGGGUCACAACAACAUUGCUUGGAGAAUCUCCCACCUAUAUGCAAUCUGAACUGUGUACAGAGAGGCACACAUGCAUGUGCCUCUUUGUGUGUGUACGCGUGCACUCUUCCUGAUAUCCCCAAAGCCGGCUCACGUCUCUGUCAGAGACACCAGCUGAAAAGCCCAGGUAGCAGCCAGCCUCUCACUGCUGCUGUGGCCAUCCUGCUGUGCCCGUGACCCUUGUUAUACAGCUGCACUUGCGCUUUCAGGAUUUUACCAGCAUAACUGCCAAAAGCUUUGCAUAAUGCUAUUUUAUCUUUUAACAUCCUGUUUUUUCUAUUGUACAGCUGGGGUAUCUGCAGUGCAGACAUACCAAGCAAUCCACCCUGGGUCAUACAGUGAGUCGGUGGGAAAGCCAGCAAUAGAAUCCAUAAGUCCUGCAUCCAAGUUCUCUAAGUGCCUUGACUAGUCCGGAUUCCCGCCUUAACACCCUUGUCAGAUUGUUUAUAGAAGAUGUAUUCAUAUAGUCAGUAAGACAUCAAAAUUUUCUAAUUAUAUCUAGUCAUGUCAAAUGACAAUUAUGCCCUUAGUUCAGUUUGCCAGACAAUGCUUUACCAAAGAAGGUUUGCCAAAAAUUUUUUGACCGAAGAAAGAGUAGGCAUCUGUAGCAUCUGCGACUAGAUAGUAUAAAACGUCCCUGCGACAAAUCUGCCCCGUCUCCACGGAACGCUUCAAGGUAAGUGUAUGAGGCCGCAGGCUCGCAGGAAGGGGAUGGUGCCCUUUUGUGCCACAACAUUCCUGCUGCCUCCAGAGCCCAUUUCCAGGAGGGCACUCAAUUUCUCUGCUCAGGUUUUAAAUCUGCUUUCAAGGCACCUGCACAUUUUCACUCUGGAUUUCUGUGCAGCAGCAAGUAGGGAGUUGCCAUUUCUGCUCUGCGGUACUGACCAGCUGCCAGCCUGCCAGCCACCCAUCGGGUGUCACAGGAGAAUCCUCUGCUGACGCACCUUCAAUAAAGUGCAGACAUGUCGUCAGAUGCUGAGAUGGCCGUUUUUGGGGAGGCGGCUCCUUACCUCCGAAAAUCAGAGAAGGAGAGAAUUGCAGCCCAAAACAAGCCGUUUGAUGCCAAGUCAUCCGUCUUUGUGGUGCAUCCCAAGGAAUCCUUUGUGAAAGGGACAAUCCAGAGUAGGGAAUCAGGGAAGGUCACUGUCAAGACUGAAGCUGGAGAGACCCUGACCGUCAAGGAUGAUCAAGUCUUCUCCAUGAACCCUCCCAAGUAUGACAAAGUGGAGGACAUGGCCAUGAUGACCCACCUCCACGAACCCGCUGUGCUGUACAACCUCAAAGAGCGUUAUGCAGCCUGGAUGAUCUACACCUACUCGGGUCUCUUCUGCGUCACCGUCAACCCCUACAAGUGGCUGCCGGUGUACAACCCGGAGGUGGUGUUGGCCUACAGAGGCAAGAAGCGCAGUGAGGCCCCUCCACACAUCUUCUCCAUCUCUGACAACGCCUAUCAGUUCAUGUUGACUGAUCGCGAGAACCAGUCAAUCCUGAUCACCGGAGAAUCCGGUGCAGGGAAGACUGUGAACACCAAGCGUGUCAUCCAGUACUUUGCAACAAUUGCAGCCAGUGGGGAGAAGAAGAAGGAUGAGCCUGGCAAAAUGCAGGGAACGCUUGAGGAUCAAAUCAUCAGCGCCAACCCACUGCUGGAGGCCUUUGGAAACGCCAAGACUGUGAGGAACGACAACUCCUCACGCUUUGGCAAAUUCAUCAGAAUCCACUUUGGAGCCACAGGCAAACUGGCUUCUGCAGACAUUGAAACUUAUCUGCUGGAGAAGUCCAGAGUCACUUUCCAGCUCAAGGCGGAAAGAAGCUACCACAUCUUCUAUCAGGUCACCUCCAACAAGAAGCCGGAGCUAAUUGAAAUGCUCCUCAUCACUACCAACCCAUAUGACUACCCUUUUGUGAGUCAAGGUGAAAUCACGGUUCCCAGCAUUGAUGACAAGGAAGAGCUGAUGGCUACAGAUAGUGCCAUUGACAUCCUGGGCUUCACUGCUGAUGAAAAGACUGCCAUCUACAAGCUGACAGGGGCCGUCAUGCACUAUGGGAAUUUGAAGUUCAAGCAGAAACCAAGAGAGGAGCAGGCAGAGCCUGAUGGCACAGAAGUUGCUGACAAGGCUGCCUAUUUAAUGGGUCUGAAUUCAGCUGACAUGCUCAAGGCCCUCUGCUACCCCCGUGUCAAGGUUGGGAAUGAAUAUGUGACCAAGGGUCAAACUGCGCAGCAGGUGCACAAUGCCGUAGGUGCCCUGGCAAAAGCUGUCUAUGAGAGGAUGUUUCUGUGGAUGGUUGUUCGCAUCAACCAACAGCUGGAUACCAAGCAGCCCAGACAGUACUUCAUUGGUGUCCUGGACAUUGCUGGCUUUGAGAUCUUUGAUUUUAACAGCUUUGAGCAGCUGUGUAUCAACUUCACCAAUGAGAAACUGCAACAGUUCUUCAACCACCACAUGUUCGUGCUGGAGCAGGAGGAGUACAAGAAGGAAGGAAUUGAAUGGACAUUCAUAGAUUUUGGGAUGGACCUGGCUGCCUGCAUUGAGCUCAUUGAGAAGCCCAUGGGCAUCUUCUCCAUACUGGAAGAGGAGUGCAUGUUCCCCAAGGCAACUGACACCUCUUUCAAGAACAAGCUCUAUGACCAACAUCUGGGCAAGUCCGCUAACUUUCAGAAACCCAAACCUACCAAAGGGAAGGUUGAGGCUCACUUCUCUCUGAUACACUACGCGGGUACGGUGGACUACAACAUCACUGGCUGGCUGGAGAAGAACAAGGACCCUCUGAACGAAACUGUCAUUGGGUUGUACCAGAAAUCGUCACUGAAAACAUUGGCCUUACUCUUUGCCAAUUAUGGUGGAGCUGAAGCAGAGGCUAGUGCUGGGAAGAAAGGUAGCAAGAAGAAAGGUUCUUCCUUCCAGACUGUCUCAGCUCUUUUCCGGGAGAAUUUAAACAAGCUCAUGACCAAUCUGAGAAGCACCCACCCUCAUUUUGUACGCUGCAUCAUCCCAAAUGAAACAAAAACUCCAGGUGCCAUGGAGCAUGAACUAGUGCUUCAUCAGCUGCGGUGUAAUGGCGUGCUGGAAGGGAUCAGAAUUUGCAGAAAAGGAUUUCCCAACAGAGUCCUGUAUGCAGAUUUUAAACAGAGAUACAAAGUUUUAAAUGCAAGUGCUAUCCCCGAGGGACAGUUCAUUGACAGCAAGAAGGCUUGUGAGAAACUUCUUGGGUCAAUUGAUAUAGACCACACUCAGUACAAAUUUGGGCACACCAAGGUGUUCUUCAAAGCUGGGCUGAUAGGCCUCUUGGAAGAGAUGAGGGAUGAGAAGCUGGCACAGCUCAUCACCCGCACACAGGCCAGGUGCAGGGGCUUCCUGAUGAGAAUGGAAUACCAGAGAAUGGUGGAGAGGAGGGAGUCCAUCUUCUGCAUCCAGUACAACAUCCGUGCAUUCAUGAAUGUGAAGCACUGGCCCUGGAUGAAGUUGUUCUUCAAGAUCAAGCCCUUGCUGAAGAGCGCAGAAUCUGAGAAAGAGAUGGCCAACAUGAAACAAGAGUUUGAGAAAACCAAGGAAGAGCUUGCGAAGUCUGAGGCAAAGAGGAAGGAGCUGGAGCAGAAAAUGGUGAAACUGGUGCAGGAGAAAAAUGACCUGCAGCUCCAAGUGCAGGCGGAAGCGGAUGCUUUGGCUGAUGCUGAGGAAAGAUGUGACCAGCUCAUCAAAACCAAAAUCCAGCUGGAAGCUAAAGUUAAAGAGGUGACUGAGAGGGCUGAGGAUGAGGAAGAAAUUAAUGCUGAGCUGACAGCCAAGAAAAGGAAACUGGAGGAUGAAUGUUCAGAACUGAAGAAGGAUAUUGAUGACCUUGAGUUAACACUGGCCAAGGUUGAAAAGGAAAAACAUGCCACCGAAAACAAGGUGAAAAACCUGACAGAGGAGAUGGCAGCUCUGGACGAGACCAUUGUGAAGCUGACAAAAGAGAAGAAAGCCCUCCAAGAGGCCCAUCAGCAGACACUGGAUGACCUGCAGGCAGAAGAGGACAAAGUCAAUACGCUGACCAAAGCCAAGACCAAGCUGGAGCAGCAAGUGGAUGAUCUGGAAGGAUCCCUGGAGCAAGAGAAGAAACUGCGCAUGGACCUUGAGAGAGCUAAGAGGAAACUGGAAGGAGACCUGAAGCUGGCCCAAGACAGCAUAAUGGACUUGGAAAAUGACAAGCAGCAGCUGGAUGAGAAACUAAAGAAGAAAGACUUUGAAAUCAGCCAGAUCCAGAGCAAAAUCGAGGAUGAGCAACUUCUAGGCAUCCAGUUACAGAAGAAGAUCAAGGAGCUUCAGGCCCGUAUUGAGGAACUGGAGGAGGAAAUUGAGGCCGAGCGAACCUCUCGGGCAAAAGCCGAGAAGCAUCGCGCUGACCUCUCCAGGGAGCUAGAGGAGAUCAGCGAGCGCCUGGAAGAAGCAGGAGGGGCCACGGCAGCUCAGAUUGAGAUGAACAAGAAGCGUGAGGCAGAGUUUCAGAAGAUGCGUCGCGACCUGGAAGAGGCCACGCUGCAGCACGAAGCCACGGCUGCCGCCCUGCGCAAGAAGCACGCGGACAGCACAGCUGAGCUUGGGGAGCAGAUCGACAACCUGCAGCGAGUGAAGCAGAAGCUGGAGAAGGAGAAGAGUGAGCUGAAGAUGGAGAUUGAUGACUUGGCCAGUAACAUGGAGUCUGUCUCCAAAGCCAAGGCGAACCUGGAGAAGAUGUGCCGCACUCUGGAAGACCAACUGAAUGAGAUUAAAACAAAGGAAGAACAGAAUCAGCGCAUGAUCAGCGACCUCAGUGCUCAAAGAGCUCGUCUGCAGACAGAAUCUGGUGAAUUUGCACGCCAGGUGGACGAAAAGGAUGCUUUGAUUUCUCAGCUGUCUAGAGGAAAACAGGCUUUCACCCAGCAGAUUGAAGAACUGAAACGACAACUUGAGGAAGAAAUAAAGGCCAAGAACGCCCUGGCCCACGCCCUGCAGUCUGCUCGCCACGACUGUGACUUGCUCCGGGAACAAUAUGAGGAGGAGCAGGAAGCCAAGGGGGAGCUGCAGCGUGCGCUGUCCAAGGCCAACAGCGAAGUGGCCCAGUGGAGAACCAAAUACGAGACUGACGCUAUUCAGCGCACGGAGGAGCUGGAGGAGGCCAAGAAGAAGCUGGCACAGCGCCUGCAGGAGGCAGAGGAACAUGUUGAAGCUGUGAAUGCCAAAUGUGCCUCCCUGGAAAAGACAAAGCAGAGGCUGCAGAAUGAAGUGGAGGACCUGAUGAUUGAUGUGGAGAGAUCAAAUGCUGCCUGCGCAGCUCUGGAUAAGAAGCAGAAGAACUUUGACAAGAUCCUGGCAGAAUGGAAGCAGAAGUACGAGGAGACACAGGCUGAGCUGGAAGCCUCCCAGAAGGAGUCUCGCUCUCUCAGCACGGAGCUCUUUAAGAUGAAGAAUGCCUAUGAGGAGUCCUUGGACCACCUGGAAACGCUGAAGCGGGAGAACAAGAACUUGCAGCAGGAGAUUUCCGACCUCACGGAGCAGAUUGCAGAGGGAGGAAAGGCGAUUCAUGAGCUGGAGAAAGUCAAGAAGCAGAUUGAGCAGGAGAAAUCUGAAAUCCAGGCUGCUCUGGAGGAAGCUGAGGCCUCCCUGGAACAUGAAGAGGGGAAGAUCCUGCGCCUCCAGCUUGAGCUGAACCAGGUGAAGUCGGAGAUUGACAGGAAGAUAGCAGAGAAAGAUGAGGAGAUUGACCAGAUGAAGAGAAACCACCUCAGAAUUGUGGAGUCCUUGCAGAGCAGCCUGGACGCUGAGAUCAGGAGCAGGAAUGAAGCCCUGAGGCUGAAGAAGAAGAUGGAGGGAGACCUGAAUGAAAUGGAGAUCCAGCUGAGCCAUGCCAACCGCGUGGCUGCAGAGGCACAAAAGAACCUGAGGAACACCCAGGGAGUGCUCAAGGAUACCCAGAUACACUUGGACGAUGCUCUGAGGACACAGGAGGACCUGAAGGAGCAGGUGGCCAUGGUGGAGCGCAGAGCAAACCUGUUGCAGGCUGAAAUUGAGGAGCUACGGGCAGCUCUGGAGCAGACGGAGCGUUCGAGGAAACUGGCUGAGCAGGAGCUUCUGGAUGCCACUGAACGUGUGCAGCUCCUCCAUACCCAGAACACCAGCUUGAUCAACACCAAGAAGAAGCUGGAAACAGACAUUACCCAAAUUCAGAGUGAAAUGGAGGAUACGAUCCAGGAAGCCCGCAAUGCUGAAGAGAAAGCCAAGAAGGCCAUCACAGAUGCAGCCAUGAUGGCAGAAGAGCUGAAGAAGGAGCAGGACACCAGCGCCCACCUGGAGAGGAUGAAGAAGAACCUGGACCAGACGGUGAAGGAUUUACAGCUCCGUUUGGAUGAGGCUGAGCAGUUGGCCCUGAAGGGAGGCAAGAAGCAAAUCCAGAAGCUGGAGGCCAGAGUGCGGGAGCUGGAAGGGGAGGUUGAUGCUGAGCAGAAGCGCAGCGCUGAAGCCGUGAAGGGUGUGCGCAAGUACGAGAGGAGGGUGAAGGAGCUGACCUACCAGUCCGAGGAAGACCGGAAGAAUAUUCUUAGGCUCCAGGAUCUGGUGGACAAGCUGCAAAUGAAGGUGAAAUCCUAUAAGAGACAAUCUGAAGAGGCUGAGGAACUGUCCAACGUCAACCUCUCCAAGUUCCGCAAGAUCCAGCACGAGCUGGAGGAAGCCGAGGAGCGGGCUGACAUUGCAGAGUCGCAGGUCAACAAGCUCCGAGCGAAGAGCCGGGAGUUUCAUAGGAAGAUAGAAGGAGAAGAGUGACAAUGUCACAAGGCAAAAAAGUGACCUGAGGGAUGCACAAAAUGUGAAGCUCUUGGUCACUUUAUUCUGUAAUUAGUCAUUGUACCCACCUCAGUGAGUGUCUCAAUGUCUAGAGAAUAAAGACCGUAGAUUCCUCUGCAUACACACUA